GCUGGCGUCAAGGAAGCAAGUCGCUUGGAGGCAGAGUUGAGUUGGGAUCUUUGGCGUUUUCCUGCGAAGUCGGAAUCAGCACAUCGAUUCUACACCUACUCCCACGAUCCUGCAAUGAGUGUCACUGCUUUAUUUCUGCUGUUCAGUCUUGGCAUUGCCAUGACUGUUCAAGAUUGUUCCAGACCUUUGGGAGGACCAAACAUGGAUAUAAAGGGCGAUGACAUUACUUUAGAUUCAUUUCCUGAUGGGGCCAAAGUGACGUUUGUGUGUGAUGUUGGCUACAGGUCUGCUGGAGGAUCUCCCUCCGUUACUUGCACUGCUGGCAAAUGGAGUGAUCUGCGAAUGACAUGUGAAUCUUAUAAUUGUGGCCCAGCUGAAGAGGUGACCAAUGGACAAAUUGACUAUCCUACUGGGACGGAGUUUGGUGCCGAAGCUGUGGUCAUUUGCAAUACUGGUUACAAACCAGUCGGUCAAGGACGGUACAUUUGUGGUGACCAAGGAUGGAUGGGAAGAUUAAAAACUUGUGAAGUGACAACUUGUUCUCCACCACCCGCGGUUCCAAAUGCCACUUUCAGUCCGUCAAAAGAAUUUUAUGAGUACAGAGACGUUAUCCAUUACAGCUGUCUAAAGGAUUUGGUACUCGGUGGAUCAAAUUCACUGACAUGUUCUGAAAAUGGGACUUUUAUACCUGAUCCUCCGACAUGCACCAGUGUUUUAUGUAAAAAACCAGACUCACCAGAGAGAAACACCGAGUGGGCAGGGGGUGCACGACCUCCAUACAAACACAAAUCCACCGUGACAUUGAAGUGCAUAUCUGGCUACAAGAUGAAUGGAUCGGCCACCGUGAUAUGUGAAAUAAAUAAUCAGUGGAACCCUCCGCUUCCAGUUUGUGAACAUGACAUUCCUCGAACCUUGGGUAUUGUUUUUGGGGUUCCAGGAUCUAAGUCCAAACUUUGGUCUCUGAGCUUUCUGAUGAACAAUCCAACUUGUUUGGAAGAUUCAAUAACCGUGCGCUGUGGAAGCACAGCGGGCUCCAUCAUUUGUUACAGCUGGUAUGAGCAGAGCAGGAGAGAUGUCCUGCUUCGGAGCUCCUCAGACCUGUACCUCACCUGUGGCACACUGGAAAUGGACUGCAAUUAUUACUGCACUGUCAGAUAUAAGCAUUCAAAAUAGUGAUGUCUUGUCAGUACACCUCCUGAUGGCUGGAGACAGCAACUGCACCUACAUGGUUCAAAUUAAAGGUAAGAAUACAUGUCAAAUCAUAUUCUAAAAGCAUAGACCAAGUUUCGAACCAUUGAUGGAUUAAUUCAAAGUAGUUUUUCUUUUGUUUUAUUCUGCUGCUGUUAAAAAACAUUAUGCUUGAAGAACAUUCAACAUCCACUGUUUAGUGCUUUUAUGUGCUAUGGCUUACUGCCUAUUCUUGAAACCUCUUAUUUCUGUAACUGUAUGGGUGUGAUGUAGAUGUGGAAAAAUACUAGGUGUGAGAGGAAGGGGUGACGAGGAAGCGAAACUAUUAUUUGUUUUUUGAUGAUUAACACUUAAUCCAUAUUUAGAUUUAGAAUAAAAUAGAAUUAUUUUGUUAAUCCUUGGGGGAAAUUGUACUUCUUUUUUUCAGAAUACUUAAAAAAAUGUUUUACUAACUCAAAAUUUCCCUUCAGUUUUAGCUUAUGCUGGCAUUCUGUACCAAACCUUCCCUCUUCAGCCACUCACUGACCAUGACAAUGCUUGGACUUGUACUGUCUGUGUCUGUUUCUUUCUUUUUUUCUUUUAAUUUUUUAUCAGGCCAGCCCUUUCAUGACUGUGCAGACAGAUUUCCCUCAACUACAAUUAAAUCUGUGACCAUUUUCCAAACAACAGAAAAUUGUACUGACAUGAGAAACCAGUCUUUGUCAGUCAGUCGAAAUGGGACCAAUCUGCCUUUCAACGGGUAAUUCAUUCUGAUGGAAGCAAUGUCAAAGAUUGAAAAACAUACAUUUUUGCAUACUGCUCAAUAGUUGUACAACUUUUUAUGAAAGCUUGUCAUAUUUUUUUUUUCGGAUCAUGGACUGAGAUGCCACUCUGGUACCAGCUGCUUCGUUGGACUCCUUUUGUAGCUCUGAUUAUAAGUGUGUGCAUACUUAAAGAGAGAAGAAAAAAAAAACACAAAAGAAGGGGCAAAAACGGAAGAAAUGUUGUCAAAAUCAAAUAAGUAGCAAACAGUCUUUUGAUGGUGAACUUAAUGGCUUCAGCUAGAGUGAUUUUUCUUCUUUGUUCAUGAAGGUUUUCAAAUAAUGUCCUGAUAAGUGCAGCGCUUGCUUUGCAUUGUUCAAACAUCCUUAUUGUUGAACAUUGAAAAUGAGUGAUGAUUUAGUACAUUCCUUGAAAUUUUCACUUGAUUUUUUUUAAGCUAAUUCACAAAAACAAAGUAAAUCUUUCUAUUUUUUGUCAAGCUGUGGACAAUGCGCUUUAACCCGUAUUGAAAAUGAGACGAAAAAAUACCUAUCAGCAAAUACAAUUUUAUGCAGACUAUAUAGAACAAAUGUGGCCACAAACUGUGUAAUAUUUAUAUUUAUAUUGCAAGCCAAGCAAACUUUUAGUCUAUUUUAUUUUAUACCGUUUUUGCAAUUUUUUUUUUGUCUUUUUGUGUGUUUUGUUUAUCUGCACUGCCCACGAGAGCUGCUGUUCUCAAUUUCAUUGUGUUCUUCUGAACACUGACAAUAAAGGAAUUCUGAUUCUGAUUCUGA